ACGUUUGAAUGUUCAGUUACGACGGGUAUUUCAAAUCAAACUCAACAGUAUUUAGGGUUGGUCGGUUCCCAGGUUGGCCCUGUUAACGUUGCCGAGUACUUAAAAUUGUUAAUAUUUGCAAUAUUUAAUAAGAACAAUGAGUGCACAAGUAGGUGAUAAGAGUGAGAAACCGGAAAUUGAUAGUUCAGUUCUCAAAGAUCUGGAUGAAGCCAUAAUUGAAGAUAUGCCUUGGGCGCAAAAUAUGUUGCAAAAAUACCAAGAGGACUUACGGUUGAACUUCCUCAAUUGGUGCGCUGUGGCUAAAGAGGUAGGCGGUGCCGAUGGAAAACACACUAAAGACUGGGGAAAACAUUAUGGAGAAACUCUGAACGUUCUGUUACGCGAUAUGCUGAAUGAUAUUCUAGGAGUGCAAGACAAAACUACCGAUACCAUCCAAAUUUUACUUCAGAAACUUCAAAGGCUAUGUGAGGCGUUAAAGGAACCGAUGCCUAAUAUUGGAGCUGAUGGUCUUUGUCUUUACGAAGAACAAAAGCGACUUCAAAAUUACAUCGCAAAAUGGGAAUCGGUACUUAAUUUAAAAAUACAGGAGCUAAAAAAGUUUGAAAAGAAGUACUUGACCUUGUGCAAAUCGCUGGGAGAAGAGCCCAGACUUAAAUGGGAGUAUCCUCGAAUGCCUAUUGCUGAUGCCUUGCAUACUUACGAAUGCUCUAUUCAACAACUAGAGACAACGUUGUUUGAAAGACAUGAACGAUUCUGCCAUCUGAAAGCUGUGAUUGCGGAACACGUUGAGCAGCUCCACUACAAACCUACCUGCGAAUUUGAAAAAAAGGUGUUGUCUGAUGCUAUCGUGGAAUUUACGCAAAAUAAUAUGGCACAAUUGGAAUGUUUUGCCGCAGAAUUGGAAAAAAUAAAGCAAUCCAUCGAAGACGACAUUGCGCAUUUGAGAAGUCGAAUAGAAGAUCUGUGGAACAUGAUUGAAACUGAUUUGAAGUAUCGUGAUGAUUUCAGGACUCUUCAUGCCGGAAGUUCUUUGGAUGUUGUUGAAAAGUUACGAGAAGAGCUGCGCAGGUGUGAAGUGUUGAAAAAGGAAAAUAUACAGGAUUUUGUUGAAAAACUAAGAAGUAGAUUGGAAGAACUAUGGCGAAAGUGCCAUUGUGCAGAAUCGGUAAAAAGCUCAUUUACGUGCUUUUAUAGCGAUUGUUACACUGAAGAUUUAUUAGAUUUACAUGAAAUCGAAAUUGAUAAAUGGGAGAAAUAUUACAAAGAUAACAAACAGUUGAUACAAUUAGUGGAGAAACACAAAGAAUUGUGGCAAGCGGUAAGGGUUCUGGAGGAAAAUGCUUCAGCAACGAACCGGUACAAAAACCGAGGUGGAAACUUAUUGCAAGAAGAAAAAGAGCGCAAUAAGUUAUCAAAACUCAUACCGAAACUUGAAGCAGAUAUUUUUGCUCUAUGUGAAGAAUACAAGAACAAUAAUUCUGGGGCUUCAUUUACGACAUUUGGUCAAACUCCUGAAGCUACUAUACAAUAUAUGCAUGAAAAGCGUGAUAUUGAUCGCAGAAUGAAGCUGAGCGCCCGUAAGAUGCAACGAGAACUAACUCCGGGGCUAAGUAGCACCAAGUUACCUGUUAGCUGCUUUGGCGCUUCUACUAGUAAAAUGGUCGUCACGCCUACGGCUAAAAGGAAGCUAUUAGCCUCGCCAAAUCCAACAAAAAAACUAAAAAAUGAAGUACAGAAGAAUCCUAAAGCCACACCGUUAGCAAAACAUUUUCCGAAAAAAAAGAUAACUGUGGCUACACGUCCCCUGGCAGGCCAAAAGCGAAGAUCUCAAACAUCUAUAGAGAGGCAUCAGCGUAGGAAGUCUGGUCGAAAAACCAGUCGAAUAGCUCCCCUCAUUAAUGAAGAAAGCGACCACGAUACUCAAAGCACAACCUAUACGAAAUUUGAGAAAGCUCCAUUGGCGAACAGCUCUUUUCGAAAGGAUGGAGCAACUUUCCAGUAACGAGGCACACAGCACGAUUAUUCACGAGCAAAUAUCACCUUCAAAAAAGACACCGAACAGAGUUCUUUUGACCGUGCCAUCACCUAGAAGUCCUUUAACACCGAAGACUCCGUCUCAACUCAGUACUUGUAAGACCAACCUGAAAUUGUUGUUUUGAUCCGUUGCAAUAUGAUUUUUAAAUUUUUGUUUCGUUGCAAUAUGUUUUUUUAAUGUUCGUUGCGUUCUGUUGUGUAGUAAGUUGACUGUGCGACUUAAAAUGACACUAUGACCGUGAAAAAUUUAAUUUAAAAUAUACUAUAUCGAAAU